AUGGCGAGCACAUCCUCUCCCAGCCCUGCGACAUGCCAAUCCAACUUCGAGCAGGGCGUCGCCCUGACGCUACACCUCUGGGAAGCUCUCAGUUUAGCCGUACAAAACAACUGGGGCGGCCCAGACUCAGCCGAUAAGCGCGACUGGUUCGCAGGCGCCAUUGUCGAGCUCUUUCCCGACAUCUCACAACUAUCCGCUGCGCAGCUGCAGACUAAGAUCGCCGCCUCCUCUCAACAACAACCGCAACAACAACAACAACAAUCCCAGCCCCAAAACAGCUCCCGAUCACAGACACAAACAACACAAGCAGCCGCCUCGUCCACCGAAGAGCCUGACAAAGAAGACGUCGAAGCCGUGCUUCUGCAAGUCAUGCUCGACGAGUUCGAAGUUAACGUUGACGACGACUCUGGCUACGAAAUCGCCGAUCAGAUCCUCAAUUUACGCAGUGAGUGCCUGCGAGGCCGUUUUGAUGGGGUGGAUGCUGUGCGCCGGCGGUGGGAAGGGAAGAAGGGGAAUAAAGUGGUGUUCAAGAAGGUGGAGGAGGCGGAAGGGGACGGGGAGACGGAUUGGGACACGGAUGAUGAUGAGGAGGAUGGUGAGAGCGGCGAGGAGAACGGGGAUGUGGAGAUGGGAGAGGCGCCAGCGUUGGUUAGGAGGGAGAGGGAAGAGCCGGAAGUGGAUGAGGAUGGGUUUACGAAGGUGACGAGGAAGAAGAGGUGA